AUGGACAGCCUUAUAACACCCUAUCAAAAUGCUUUCAUUAAAGGCAGGAACAUUACUGAUAACAUUCUUAUUGCUCAUGAGAUUCUGGAUGUGCUUAGGAAGAAAAAAGGUAGACAGGCUUGCUUUGGAGUUCUUAAAAUUGACAUGAGUAAGGCCUAUGAUAGGGUCGACUGGACUUUUCUUAAGGCUGUCCUUACUGUUAUGAAGUUUGAGGAAAGAUGGAUUCAGUGGAUAAUGGAAUGUGUGACUUCUGUUAGUUAUACAUUGCUUGUUAAUAGGAAUCUAACAUCCUCUUUUAAGCCUUCCCAAGAACUACGACAGGGAGAUCCUCUCUCUCCCUAUUUAUUCCUGUUUUGUGCCAAUAUCCUUUCUAUUGCCUUAUUGCAAGCUGAAAAUCAGAAACAAUUAAAAGGUGUGAAGAUUGGUAGGAAUGGUCUCUCAUUCACUCAUCUCCUUUUUGCGGAUGACUCUCUUUUCUUUUUCAAAAAGGAUGAUAUGUCAGUUACAAAAUUGAUUGCCAUCUUGGACUGGUAUUGUUCUAUCUUUGGACAGAAAAUUAAUUUGGAAAAAUCGGAUCUCUAUUGCUCUCCUAACAUGGCUGCUGUGGACAAAGAAUCUCUUGCUUCUACACUUCAUGUCAAUCUGGUUCAGAAUCCAGCUAAGUACCUUGGAAUGACUUUUAAGAUGAGGGGAAAUAGAUGCGCAGACUUUCAUUUUCUGGUAGAUAAGCUCCAUUCUAGACUUCAAGGUUGGAAGGCUAAACUCUUAUCACAAGCUGGUAGAACUACACUCAUCUCUUUUGUUCUCCAAUCUCUUCCCCUCUAUGCUUUUUCCUGUUUCAGGGUACCUGAUACCAUUUGCAACAAAAUGGAUGCCGUUGUAAGAGCCUUUUGGUGGGGGCAUGAGACUGGGGAAAGGAAAUUACAUCUAAUCAAAUGGGAUAGAGUUUGUCAACCUAGGAGGCUAGGGGGGCUUGGUCUGAAAAAGUUCAAAACAAUGAAUCAAGCCAUGAUCACCAAACAGUUCUGGCGUAUUCAUCAUAAUCCUCAUUCUUUUCUAGCUAGGACCUUCAAAGCAAAGUAUUUCCCUAGAGGACCAAUUCAGGAUUGUUGCCCCAAACCACACCAUUCAUGGUUUUGGAAAAAAAUCAUUAGACAAGAAUGUCCAACUUUGAGGGAAGGAAGAUGGUGGAUUGGGGAUGGUUAUAAUAUCCCUCUCAAGCAUAAAGACUGGGUUCAAUGGUCUCCUCUUAAUCUUCAAGACCAUAGACUUCCUACUGGAACUGUGGGAGACUUAAUUAACCACACAUCUGCCUCUUGGAACUAUAAUCUAGUUAGAGAUCUCUACCCCCCUUCUUUAGCUAGAAAAAUCUUUCAAAUUCUCAUCUCCAAAACAAACUCUGUUCAGGACAAAUUGGUUUGGAAACACUCUUCUGAUGGGGUGUACAAUGUUAAGAAGGCCUAUGAGAUUCUUAACUUAGAGCAAUUACAACCUUCUAAUCAUAAUCCUUUUUAUAAGGUGGUGUGGACCAAACUCUGGAAAGUGAAAACCCCUCUGAAAAUAAACACUUUUGUGUGGAAGUUGCUUCUGGACAGCUUACCUACAUUUUCCAAUCUUAGGAGUAGAGGAAUCUCAGCUGACUCUAAUUGUCCUUUCUGCAAUGAGCAUGAGGAGACCAGCACUCAUUUAUUUCUUUUAUGUUCCUUUUCGAGAGCUUGCUGGCAUGGCACCACUUUAGCCAUACACUCUUCUGACUUCAAUAACUUGUCUGUGCAGCAGUGGCUAACUGGGGUUAUCACCAUGCACAACAACAAGGAUCCUAAUGUUAUGAACUAUCUGCAAGCAUUAUUCACAACCUUGUGGUCUAUUUGGAAUCACAGGAACAAAGUUGUUCAUGAGGGUAUUUCUCCUAAUCCUAUGAAUGUAAUUCUCAUGGCGCAAUCUCUAUCUUGCAGGUAUAAGGAUGCAUUCUCAGAACAGCUCAGCUCAAACCAGUCCCCAAGAAUAUCAACAACUCCAGUCCAAUCCGCAGUUGGAUCCUGGCAAUUAAUUAUCAAAGUUACUGGGUUCAGAGACAAGAAGAGGAAUAGAAGUGCUUUUGGUUUUGAAGCUGUCAACAUACAGGGAGAAAGUGUCUUCCUUGCUGUGAAUAGUAGCCUAGUUGGAGCAGCAGAGGAAUUUUUGCUUGAAGCUGUGGUGGAUGCCUGCCUUACAGCAAAAUAUCAUGGGUUUCAUAGUAUUUUGUUCCUAAGUGAUAGCAGAGGAUUGGUCAAGCUUUUCAAUACCAGGAAGGCUUUUGAUUGGCAAACUAACUAUAGGCUUGCUGAUUUAAAUUUUCUUGUACAAAAUGGUCUCCUCUGCCACAUGAUCCUUGUUCCUCAUAUGCUGCUUAAAACUUUAUGUAACGUUGCUAAAAAGGCAGUACAGGUGCCUAUUAAACACUACUGGUUGAACCCAGCUCUUUUGUAA